AUGGAGAAGAUGGAUUCUUUUUCUGCUGCUGCUGCUUCUAGUUUGUCUACACCGGCUUUGAGUUUGUGUAAGUUCGAUGAAGAUACCUUAAGAGAGAUAUUUAUUCGGUUGCCUAUAGAAUCUAUUUUUAGAUUUAGUUGUGUAUCAAAGCAAUGUCUUUCGUUUACUGCGGAUUCACGCUCUAUGGCUAGAAAACGUAACAGUUUCACCCCUUUGGUACCCUGGGGAUUCUUUUAUGAGUACUGUUAUGGGGGCUUGAAAUUUGUGGCACCCAAUAAUCAGUCGAGAUUCUUGCAGAAUUAUGAUGGGUUUUGCUUCAGCUUUCUUCCUUCCAAGAUUUGUGAUUGUGGAUUUGUUGCGACUUUCGAUUCAAAUUUGGUGGAGUGCCCGUUAAAGAAAAAAGAUCAUGAAUAUAUUGCUAUAUUAGCGGCCAGCAGUAGCUUAGUUCUGUGUGCAUUAGUAAAUGUGUAUGAUUGGGAGAAAAAGACAUAUUAUAUCUGUAAUCCGCUGACCCAACAAUACGUCACAAUUCCUCACAAUCAGUACGCAGAUAAAAUAGUUAUACAAGGCUUAGUAUGUCAAUCUGAUCCAUGCUCGUCGCAAUUAACUCCAGCGUCUUACAAGGUGUUUUUCGUACCAGCUUUUUGCACUAGCAGUAGAACAUUUGAGCUAGAAAUUUACUGUUCUGAUUUGGGUAGGUGGAAUUCCUUUGAAGUUACAAGCUCUGAAGAAAUUACUUGGGAUGGAAUGCAGUGCAAAGAUAUAGUUACCCAUAAUGGUAUCUCUUGCUGGAUUGUUGAAGGAAAUCGAGUUAUAGCAUAUGAUCUCAAUAUUGAGAAUCACGAAAUAGAAGACUCUCACCAAUGCAGGUUGAUCAAUUUGCCUGAAAUCAGUGGACCUAAUAGACACUUUGAAUGCUUUGGGGAGUCAGGAGGGCUACUCAGUUAUAGCAGAUGUCAUGAGGGAAUGUUACAGAAUUGGGUAUUGAAUGAAGAAGAGUAUAAGAUAGGAUCAUGGGUUUGGCAGUUGGUUAACAGCUCCAACGUUACUGACAUCUUACUGGAUGAAGAUUGCCAGGAUGAGCGCGUCAGAGAACUAUUUUCUACUGGUAAUAUGGUUUAUGAUUUGGAACCGCUAGCAUUCACCCAAGUGGAGCCUGAUACAAUGAUCUUGGGCUACGACGCUAAAUUCAUUUUUGCUUACAGCAUCAAAACCAGAAUACUCAGGGUUGUCACCGGAGAAUAUAUACAAUGGGUCUCCCCAUUUGUGGUUGCGCCAUGGCCAACGCCGGUUUGA